CCUCGCAUUGCCUUCAUACCGCACGAACAUUCACUUCUAUUGCGAACACGAGCUGCUCACACCCAACUCAGCGACGUGCACCAUCCGGUCUGCGCCAUGUCAGACGUCGGCAAGCUCGAUAGCGAGGCACUGCGCUGCUUGCAGGCCUAUCUACCAACCGAUGCCGGCACCACUCGCGCAGAUGAAACCACAUCGACAUCAUCACCACCAGCGCAACCUGCUUCGCGCACCGCAAGUCCAAAGAAAGGCCUGCCCUUCGUUACUUUGACCUACGCAGCCUCACUCGACAGCAUGAUCGCGCUCGCUCCCGGCGCUCGAACGACUUUGUCAGGCCCUGAGACCAAGUCCAUGACCCAUUACCUGCGUCUGCGCCAUGACGCGAUCCUCGUCGGUGCCAACACUGCUGCAGUCGACGACCCCGGCUUGAACUGCCGCUACCCCGAAGCCACUCUGCUCGACCAGCCGCGCCCCAUUAUCGUCGACCCCAAUGGCCGCUGGAAGGGCAUCGGCAAGAAAGCAUAUCGGCUCGCAGCGGAAGGCGAAGGCAAAGCUCCGUGGGUCGUCACGACCAGCAGGACCUUCGAGAAAAAGAGCAGACUGCACGACAUCGAGGGCGACUAUGUGAUUGUGGACGAACAAGACUCCAAUGGAGUGAUCGAUUGGGAGGGCAUUCUGCGUACUUUGUUUGUGAGAGGCAUCACCAGCGUGAUGAUCGAAGGUGGAGCGACAGUGAUCAACUCACUGCUCGCGCGUCCCGAGCUCGUGGACGCCAUCAUCAUCACCAUAGCACCGACCUUUUUAGGUCAGGGAGGCGUGGCUGUCUCGCCCGCUCCAACGACCGCACCCAAUAAUGGAGAGCGCAUUAACGCGGCAUGGCUGGACCAGCCGUUGUGGAAACAAUUUGGCAACGAUGUGGUGCUGUGCGCUCGCUUGCGCAAGUGAGGUAGGAAAAGUUACGUGAAGUAUCUUCUGUUCCGGCUCUGUCUCUCGCUCAUCUCGUUUAUGCCUCUGAGAAUCACUGACCAUCUAGGGCGUCGUGUGGGGAGACUGAGCAACACAGGUAGGACUAGAAAUGGCGGAGAGUCCAGGAUAUUACCGCGCAUCUC